AUGGGAAACAUAAUUUAAAAUGAACAAUUCAAAGAAAGACUUUAAGAAUUACUUUAAAAUAAGAAAUUUAAGAGAACUCUGAAAAUUAUUUACAAGGAAAACCAAAAGCAAUUAUUAAGUGUAUAAUCAUGUCAAAUUAUUGAUCAACUUACUCUUUAGCAAUGUCUAGAUCUUAAGAAAGGAAUACCUUUUGUUUUAGAACAUCAAUGCAAAAUCCUCUUAGAUAUUAAAGAAAAACAAAGAUAUUGUUAUUUAUGCACUUUAUGUAAUAAAAAAGUGAAACGAGAUCGAGGCAACUCAUUCUGUCCCACCUGCAAUGAAUAAACCUAAUAUAAAUUGGGUUAUUGUCUCAAGGUCAAAAUAGUUGAUGCAAUUUCAGAAGAUAAUUAAAAUACCCAUAAAGCGAUCAUGUUCGAAGAAACAGCUAAUAAUUAUUUGGGUAUUUAAUAAUUAAUUAUGUUCAGGUAUUGAAGCUAAUGAUUUUUCAAAUCAGAGUCAUGAUUCCCAAAACGAACAUUUCAUAAGUAUAAAUGAUUAGAAAUCUCAUAUUGUACAUUUACUUAAAUUAUAAUACAACCUAUAGAACGAAAAUUUCAUCAUUAACAAAAUUCUACCCUUAAUCACCGAAUGA